AUGACUAUGAUUGCGUUAGAGCCAGAACAGCCGAGGCCAGCGGAAGAUUGUGUACUGAAAAUGGAACCAUCUAGUUCACAGAGAACAUUAACUCGUUCGAGUGCGAUUAGCCAGAAGUCGGUUGACAUUACAGUAUAUCCGGAAAGUUCUAAUAAUCCUUUACAUAGAUCAAAACUAGCUCCUGUGAGAUCUGCAUCAGAUUCUCAAUCAUCGGGGAAAAAGAUUUUGAACCUUAGGAAGACUAAGAAUUCUUCAAUAGAGUCAACGAUGAGUCUCCCAAAUCAGAAGUCUUUAGAGAAGAAGCACAGCACCCUUCGUCACCAGCAAUCUAUUGUGGCCCAUUCAGACAUCACGCUAAGCACACAACCAACCAUGUCUGAUGACAGAAAAGCACUGCGAGAAGCUUUAUACCAGGGUAUAUUCCAUAGGCACAGGCGGACAAUAUUUGCCGUCGGUUCGUUCCUUAGGAUGCUAAGAAGCAAAACGUCCAAUUAUGACUCUAUUAGAUCAGAAUCAGAUGAAAUUUAGCAGAUAACUUAGUUUUUAGCAGAUAA